AUAUUGGCAAUUUAACUACACACUUAAAUAAAUCAAUUAGUCACUCAAAAGUGUUUUGUAAUCAUCAAAAUCAUAGGUACAACACUUAUGAACCUAUGCAAUAUUCUGAUGGGAGGUUUAUUGAAAUACAUGAAGAAAUUGAUGUUGGGGAGGGGUUUGGGGAAGAGGAUGAAGAAGGAGAAUGGGAAGAUUUUGAGACAUCAGUAGAAGAAAACAUAGAAACAUAUGUUGAGGAGAAUGAUAGUAGUAAUGAUUCUCACUGCACAAAGGUUGUUGAAUCCACCCAACCGUUGCAACAGCUAAAUCCAUUUGACCCCCAAAGACGAGUUCAGGAGGAGGUUCCUACUAAUGUGGUUCUGGAGACUUCAGCUUCAAAUGCUGAUAUACAGGUCGAGUCUCCCAGUGAUGAGGAUACACCUGUGGCUACCCCUCAGCAGAGGCAAGGAUGGGGGCAAGCUAAGCUCGUGCAGAUGCCUACAGAUGGGAUGAAGAUCCCAUUAGGGCUAGAUGAGUAUGGAGGUUUGCCACAACAGCAAACAUAUGAAUGGGAUCCUACGAUUCAUAAGACUGUAGAGGAUUUAUGGAACGUGACAGCAAGGAUCAAGUUCAAGCAUGCACUUAGUGAGUUGAAAGCUAAGUGUGCAAAGAGAAACUUUCAAGUUAAUCCUCUUUAUAUGAAUCCAAAGUUAUGGACGAGGCUUGUUUAUUUAUGGGCUGAGGACGAGGGUCAUUUGAGAAGGUCAAGUUCUACAAAGGGUAAUCGAGCAAAAGGACCGAGGGUGACACAUACCAACGGUUCAAUGGACGUUAAUGUUUAUAGAAAGAAAAUGGGUCGUCUAUCGACAUUUCUUGAGGUCUACACUAGUAGAAGGCAGCGCAAAAGAAAAGGAAAAGACCAAGUGCCUGUAUAUUGUAAUGAUGAGGCUCAAGAAAUUGCAGAAAAAUUGACAGCUGAAUAUGUUGCUAAGAAAGAGCAAGAAGGAUGGCUGAAAGGUUUGGAUAUUCACACACAUUCACAUGAUAUAGGUUUUACAACGAUUCUAUCCCGCGUUAUCGUUAAUAAUUUCAGGCAUAGAAUCGAUGAUUCCGGGGUUCCAAGAGAUUGUAGUGUCGAUGUUUACGCAAUUGGUUUUUGUAAGAACGGAUUUGGGGCACGGGAAGAUGGUGAUGUCCUUAAAUGAAAAGAAUAAAAAGGCAUUCUACCUUGCACUCUUAUGUUCCAGUAUUCUUCCAAGCAUUCAUAUUUUUCACUGAUUUCAUUCUGAUGCUAUUCUGGAAAUUUCAUAUGUCUUUUGAUGGGUCUAGCUUUUAACUCUUGUUAAUUGCUAAAAUCUGUUUCUUGAUUCCAGUUGUUUUAUUAAACAUGAUCUUACUUA